UGGGCCCUUGGUACCUUCUCUCAACCUUCACCGCGGCUACCAACUCAGGAGGGGCACCUUCAGAAAGCACUGGGUGCAGUAGUUAAGUGGCUUAUUAUUUACCUGCGUCGGCAUACCCCUCACAUUCACAAUGUCCCUACUGUCUGUAAGCAGGCUUGCGCCGAAGAUCCUGAAUCCUAAGAGUGCAGCUUGUGUCUUUGUGGCCGCAAGGAAUGCCUCUUCAUCAGCGAACCUGAAAGAUGUUCUGGCAGACCUCAUUCCAAAAGAACAGUCCCGCGUCAAGAACUUCAAACAGCAGUAUGGCAAAACCAACAUCGGCCAGAUUACGGUGGACAUGGUGUAUGGCGGUAUGAGGGGGAUGAAGGGUCUGGUGUACGAGACCUCGGUGCUGGACCCAGAUGAGGGUAUCCGUUUCCGUGGCUACAGCAUUCCAGAAUGCCAGCAGCUGCUACCCAAAGCACCCGGCGGGGCGGAGCCUCUGCCCGAGGGCCUCUUCUGGCUUCUGGUGACCGGACAGGUGCCCUCUGAAGAACAGGCAAGCUGGCUGUCCAAGGAGUGGGCCAAGCGGGCAGCGCUGCCCUCCCACGUGGUGACCAUGCUGGACAACUUCCCCACCAACCUGCACCCCAUGUCCCAGUUCAGCGCCGCCAUCACGGCCCUCAACAGCGAGAGCAGCUUCGCACGCGCCUACUCCGAGGGAGUCAACAAGGCCAAGUACUGGGAGUUUGUAUACGAGGACUCCAUGGACUUGAUUGCCAAGCUGCCGUGCGUGGCGGCGAAGAUCUACCGCAACCUGUACCGCGAGGGCAGCAGCAUCGGCGCCAUCGACUCGGGCCUCGACUGGUCCCACAACUUCACCAACAUGCUGGGCUACCCCGACGCCCAGUUCACCGAGCUCAUGCGCCUGUACCUCACCAUCCACAGUGACCAUGAAGGAGGAAAUGUCAGUGCCCACACCAGCCACCUGGUGGGCAGUGCCCUCUCUGACCCUUAUCUCUCGUUCAGCGCCGCCAUGAAUGGCCUGGCAGGACCUCUACACGGCCUCGCCAACCAGGAAGUGCUGGUGUGGCUGACGGCUCUGCAGAAGGAGAUGGGUGGAGAGGUGUCGGACGAGAAGAUGAGGGACUACAUCUGGAACACACUCAAGUCAGGAAGGGUGGUGCCAGGCUACGGGCACGCAGUGCUCAGGAAGACGGAUCCGCGGUACGCGUGCCAGCGCGAGUUCGCCAUGAAGCACCUGCCGAACGACCCCAUGUUCAAGCUGGUGGCGCAGCUGUACAAGAUCGUGCCGAACGUGCUCCUGGAGCAGGGCAAGGCCAAGAACCCCUGGCCCAACGUGGACGCCCACAGCGGGGUACUGCUGCAGUACUACGGCAUGACGGAGAUGAACUACUACACGGUGCUGUUCGGCGUGUCCCGUGCCCUGGGAGUGCUUGCCCAGCUGAUCUGGAGCCGAGCCCUGGGCUUCCCCCUGGAGCGCCCCAAAUCCAUGAGCUCCGACGGACUAAUGAAACUGGUGGGAGCCAGCAAGUCCGGCUAGAGGAGCAGGAGGAGGCGGAGGAAGACGGAGGAAGAUUGGGAAAGCGGAAGAGCGGAAGUUUGGGAUGGGGAGAGAAGGGAGACUGGGGCUUGUUUUCAAAAGGAGACCACAUCACUUUAAAGAACUCAAAAGAAGGGCCUUUACCACAGUUCCAACAGAUAGCUAACUUAUUGCUAACAGGGCAGUAGCUGAUGAUUAAACACGGAGGCAGUCAGAGUAGGUCUGUUUGUUUUUGUGGUGUUUGGGUCUUGGGGGGAGGGAGGGAGGGAAGAAGGGUAAUUAUUGAGGAAAUAUAGACUUUAACUUGGCAUAACAAAGAUAUUCAAAUGUACAGUUGAGAUAUGUUGCCGUUUAAGUUGGGGCACGGCAGAUGAAGACUAGUGUGGAUAACCAGUAAGGUAAUUUAAGAUCUUUUAAGGUGUAUGUUAAUGAACUGAGGAGGAUCCCGUUGGCCUUUUCAUCCCAGCUAAUAAUCAAAAAUGGCUGAUAUUUUUGUUUUGUUUUGUCCAUCUGUUUGUUUUGUUUGGUCUUGUCCCACCUAGGUUUGGCAUUUUAGGAUGUACAUUUGUUUGAUCUUUGUCCUCCCAGAGUGUAAUAGAAGCUCCCCUUUUUUGUUUUAUUUCUGGGUGGGUAUGGGAGGGUGAUUGUAUUUUCCAGCUCCAAGUGGUUCUGUCUUGACUUAACCCUGGGAAUUCUCGAAAAUAAUCUUUUUUUUUUUUUUUUAAGAAAAAAACGUAAAAAAAAAACCCUGGGCACUGAAACAUUACCGCUUGCUCUUUUAAGCCCUAAUUAGAAACUGGAAGCCCCUAGCAAUGUGUAGCAUCCUCUAUACGGCCUGCGUAAGCAAUACGACGAGCGGUGUGUGUAUCAGCAGUGGCUCGCCACAGCACUAUCAGAGCGAUGUGAUGGCCACAAAUUCCUCCCUUUAAAAUGAAUGUAUAGCAGAAUAAGAACACCUUCUGUUAUGGGAAAACUGGGAAAACCACUUUUAAUUUGUACCGCAAAGAAAAGAAAGAAUAAUACACUCCAAAAAAACAAAAGGUCUUUUUUUUUUUUUUUUUUGUCAUUGUUAUAUAACCACUCGUAUUCAACAAAGCAGCCCCAAAACAUAUGGAAAACCCCAGCUCCUGAACAGAUGUGUGUGUGCGCGUAUGUGUGUGUGUGUGUGUGUGUGUGUGUGUAUGCACUGCUGCCCAGCCAGGUGCUAUAUCCAACCAGGUAUUUAGGAAACCCUAUUCGUCCCAUUCAACAUGCAUAGUGGGUCUUGUCCAUGGGACAGCUUGGGAUUCAGGUUUCACCUUUAACAGAAGAUGUAGAUAUCCGCACACCCCUCACAUUUCAUUAAAUGCUACUAAUAAAAACAUGACACGUUCAACAAGAGAUCAAAGGCCUGCAAAUGCCUCCUGGAUAUAACUAUAAAUGAAGAUCUGUAUUUUAAGUUGAA